GCCUUCCCCCCCCCGCCCCCAUCCCUUCCUCACCGGCGGCAGCAUCGGCGGCUGCUUUGCGGGGCGGCAGGAGCAGCGCGGCGGCCGCUUUCCCGCCGCCAUGGCCGGAAACAGCGGGGGUGGCGGCGGAGGCAGUUGCAUCGUGAUUGGAGAUGACGAACAAGGUUACGACCUGGAUUUGUUCUGCAUCCCCAAACAUUACGCGGAUGAUUUGGAAAAAGUCUACAUUCCUCACGGACUCAUCAUGGACAGGACGGAGAGGUUAGCCCGGGAAAUUAUGAAAGCCAUGGGGGGCCACCACAUCGUUGCUCUCUGUGUGCUGAAGGGAGGCUACAAAUUUUUUGCCGAUUUACUGGAUUAUAUUAAAGCCCUGAAUCGGAACAGCGACAAGUCCAUUCCGAUGACCGUCGACUUCAUCCGCCUGAAGAGCUACUGUAAUGACCAGUCAACUGGCGAUAUAAAAGUAAUUGGCGGGGAUGACUUAUCAACCUUGACUGGGAAGAAUGUCUUGAUUGUAGAAGAUAUCAUCGACACUGGGAAGACCAUGCAGACCCUCCUGUCCCUCCUCCAGCAGUACAACCCAAAGAUGGUCAAAGUAGCAAGCUUGUUGGUGAAAAGGACACCCCGAAGUGUAGGAUACCGGCCCGAUUUUGUUGGUUUUGAAGUGCCGGACAAGUUUGUGGUUGGAUACGCUCUAGAUUAUAACGAAUACUUCAGAGAUUUGAAUCACAUCUGCGUGAUCAGCGAGACCGGGAAACAGAAAUACAAGGCGUGAUCCCGGUUUCACCCAACAGCAGCGAGACCGUGAAGCUGAGCUCCAGCCCCUCCCUCUCUGCCUUUCGGCCCAAAGACCAGCUUCGGAUUGUGGAGUGAUUCCCGCACUCUCUCUCUCUCUCUCUCUCUCUCUCUCUCUCUCUCUUUCUCUUUCUCUCUUUCUGUCUCUCUCUCUUUCGUCAUAAUCGCUUGCUAUAACUUAUUGCAUGUACAGCAUGGGAAACUCAUCUUCUUCAUUUACAUUUGGGAAGUCAAAGGAAGUUUCUGCUUUCCCUUUUUUUAAAUUUGCACUAUGCAUCUCCUCCUCCUUGCCCCUCCCUUAAAAAAAACACAUUUCUCUCUCUCCCCCUCUGUCCCCCCCUCUCUUUCUCUCCCACCCACCCACCCCUUUUAAAAAAAACCUCAUCCACUCAUGAAAUAGUUAUAAGUACUGUAAAUGUAUAAGGCAUUUUAAGAUGGGAAAUCUAUAUUAGUAAUAUUUUUUAAAAAAACAAGUAAUUUAAGUUUUAUAUUGUAAUGGAAUGUAAUUGAGAUUUUUUGGGGAGGGGGGGGCGCGUGAUAACGGGGUUGCUGUUCCAGGGGUGGUGGGUGCUGGGAAAGAGGCACAAGGAGCACCUUCGGAUGGUCUUGGUACCCUUGAAAGGAGCAUCGAUGCUCUUCUGCGAAGCUGCUGCUCGGAGUUGCUUUAGUUGCCUCUUGCAGAGUUAAAAGGAAAGGGUCUAUUUGGGUCUGGGUGGGGGGUGGGGAAGAAAUGCAAUGCAACCACGUCAAGGAAAGUUCAGGAUUCGAGGGCAACCGUUGUCCGCUGGCGUCCUUUGGCUAAAGGCUGAUCCAAGGAAAAGCUGCUUCCAUCCAGCCGGCAACACACAAGUUCCCCACACAAGCUUGUGUCUCGCUCAUUCUUUCCUCCAUCAGCUGAGUUGCGUUGCCUUUCGCACCCGACCCAUCGUCUUUGUAUUUUGUGCCAGUGACAAAAAAACAAAACAAAACAUGAUUGUAACGCGGACCCUUCGAGGGGCACAAAGCGGAUGUACUUUAAAAAUAAAACGCUGUUUCUCCAAA